CAAAAUUAUAUGUUAUAAUUCUAAAUUUUCAGUUUUACAGUACAAAUAAUUUCUGACCUUGUAUCUUACCAUGGACCCUCAGCGGAAAACAGUAGCUGGUCCCAUGGCGCCUACUAGUAUGAAGACAGCUCGAAAGAGUUUCGCAAUCACAAAUACAUAUAUCAGGAGUAAUAAGAAGGAAAUAGUCAGUGUACAUACCAGCACACCUGCUGUAGAAAGUCGGGCUUUCCAUCUAGAACAGAAUCAGAUUUAUCAAGGAGACGUAAAUAUUCUUUCUAUUAUUGAUACGAAUAAGGAUAUAAUGUGCUGUAAAUACACGGAAGAUGUCAACGAGAUAGCCGCUGGUUUCACUGACGGAUCAAUGAGAGUGUUUAGUUGCAAUACGGGUAAUUGUAUCCACACCCUGGUCGAUGAAGAAUGUCGAGCGUACCCCGGACCUGUUACUGCUAUCAAACACCGGCCAGUCAGCAAAGCGAAUCCUAUUACGAAUAUGCUGUUAUCGUCUUAUGUAAACGGGUGUAUCAAAUGCUGGAAAUAUAAAUAUGACCAGUGUUUGUACACGAUUCGUGAGAAACGGCAAACCUUGGGAUUAAAUUAUCAUCCACGUUACAGUAAAUUUGUUACUUACGGUGAUGAUGCUAAGCUGAACAUGUACGACGAAGAGGCGCAAACUCAGGAACGAGCUUUUUAUUCCAGUAAUCAGAAAAAUAAAUUGGACGGUCACACGUCAAGAAUAUUUGCGUGUGCCUUCAAUCCGAGAUCACAACAUGAGAUGAUAUCGGGUGGAUGGGACAAUACAGUAAUGUGCUGGGACGACCGCCAGCCAUACGCAACACGUUAUUUUGUCGGUGUGCAUAUGUGCGGCGAAGGACUUGACUUUGAUAAGCCCGGACGACAGAUACUAACAUGUUCUUGGCAAGAGAAAGAUAGCAUCCAGUUAUGGGAUUAUGGAUCAUGCAAAUUAAUCGAAACUAUCGUCCCGGACAGCUUUCAGUCAAAACUGUAUUGCGGGAAAAUGGUGCCGCAUACUAACUUGAUUGUAUGUGGUGGAUCAGACUCAAAUAUUUUAAGAGUCGUAGAUACAAACAUGAAAGUAACAGAAUGUAGUAUACGUAAUAAUCAAGGCGGCAUAUAUGCAUUCGAUUUUGGCACUAUAAGACGGAAACCAAAAAAAGCAACAGACUCUUACAAAAAGAUUUCUGAAAUACCGAAUGUGCCAAGAGUUUCAUUUGUAACCGGAAAAAGACUUCAAACAGUAGACUUCGGUUGAUUGGCUAGUGUCAGAUAUGCUAGCACCCAAAGUUUUCAAGAUAACCUAGAAAAGAAAGAAAAGAGUCAAACAGUCAUUAUAUAGUGUAAUUUUUUUCGACAUAAGCUUUGGUGAUCAAGAAUAAUAUAAUCAUUUUUGAGCAUAAAUAUAUGUAAAAUAGUAAAUGUC